GUAUAUCAAUCUUUCAGUCCUCUCUUUUGCGGCCUAUCUCUCUCACCUCUGGAAUUCUGGCAUUUAGAGUUGCUUUUGUGAAACAGCGGAGAGCCAUCAAAAGGCCCACCAACGGCUAGAACCGCGCUAUUUCGGCGAUGAAUCAAAGCGUUUAAACUAAGCCCCAUUUCCAUUUUUAUAUACCCACUGCUCCAAAAUAUCUCAUCCAUUUUUUGUUUUGCUUCGCCUCUUUUGUGGGGGGUUUUUUCUUUUCUUAAUCUCACCCUCUAGGAUCUGAUUUUGUGGAGUUUUGAUUGAGAAUUUGAGGAUUUAUCCCGCAUUUUCUGUAAUUUUACGAGUAUUUUGUUGUUUAUCAUGUCUGAUGGGUAUUACAGCUCCAAGAAGACCGAUGAUAUUUGUGAAGACGUUUGUGGCCAGGGGCCUCGUGGAGCUUUUAUCUUGUCUAGAUUUCGAUGUAUUCUUCGAGGAUGGGAUUUGAAGACACUACUUUCUUUCUUUUUCGCUGUUCCACUCUUGAUAUUGUUCAUAUAUCUCCAUGGCCAGAAGAUCUCUUAUUUCCUUAGACCCUUAUGGGAGUCUCCUCCUAAGCCAUUUAAUGAAAUCCCUCAUUACUAUCAUGAGAAUGUAUCAAUGGAGUCUCUCUGCAAACUUCAUGGUUGGGAAAUGCGUGAAUCGCCGAGACGAGUCUUCGAUGCCGUUCUGUUUAGUAAUGAAGUUGAUAUCCUGACCGUUAGAUGGAACGAACUGUAUCCUUAUGUGAGUCAGUUUGUGCUUCUCGAGUCGAACUCUACGUUCACCGGUCUGCCAAAGCAGUUGGCUUUUGCAAACAACAGGGAGCGCUUUAGCUUCAUUGAGCCACGGUUGACCUAUGGGAUGAUAGGGGGAAGGUUUAAGAAAGGAGAGAAUCCAUUUGUUGAAGAGGCAUAUCAAAGAUUGGCUUUGGAUCAACUUCUUAGGAUUGCAGGGAUACAGAAUGAUGACUUAUUGAUCAUGUCUGACGUCGACGAGAUCCCAAGCGCUCACACGAUAAACCUCUUGAGGUGGUGCGACAAUACUCCGCCCAUACUCCAUCUGCGACUAAGGAACUACCUGUACUCCUUCGAGUUUUAUGCAGAUGACAAGAGCUGGAGAGCUUCUGUCCAUCAGUACAAACAUGGUAAAACACGGUAUGCUCAUUAUCGCCAAUCCGACGAAAUCUUAUCAGAUUCGGGGUGGCAUUGUAGCUUUUGCUUUCGCCGUAUCAGUGAGUUCAUAUUCAAGAUGAAAGCAUACAGCCAUUAUGAUAGAGUAAGAUUUUCUCAUUACUUGAACCCCAUCAGAAUUCAGGACAAAAUAUGCAAAGGAGAAGACCUAUUCGACAUGCUUCCAGAAGAGUACACGUUUCGGGACAUAAUUGGGAAGAUGGGACCGAUCCCUCGGUCUUACUCUGCCGUUCAUCUCCCAUCAUUCCUUCUAAACAAUGCUCAGGAGUACAAAUACUUGUUACCAGGUAACUGCAGAAGAGAAAGUGGCUAAAUUAUGAAAGAACAAGAACGAAGAAAUGACUUUGUAAAUGUUGAACAUAAACAGAUACCUAUUUUGAAAUUUGAUGGCUGUAAUGUGGAGUUAGUUAAAGGUUGUGUGUCCAAUGAAGUUGAGGCGAGGCUGAAAUGGAAACUGAGGGCAGAGGCUCCAUACUGUUGCAGCUGAGGAAACUGAUUGUAAUUGCUAUAUUGGGUUAUAUUAGGCACAAACCACCAUAUGUCUUCAAAGUUGAAUCACAUUUCCAAGCUUGUCUUAUAGGUAUUGCUUAUUAGGUAACACUGUAAUUUCCACCAUCUCUCUCUGUAUUGAUCUUAGAACACUGUCACAGUGCUCAUUUGUUCCUUUCUCAAUGGUUUUCUCUGGAAGUGAAUAGAAAUGCUAAUGGUCUUAGAUAUC